CCUGACUGAAUAAAACCAAGCAGUUUAGUCUGAAUGGCGUAAAGCGCCGCACAAACCAAAACCUCAAGCAGCAGCAAUGGCGAAGGGUGACGAUUCUGUACUGAAAAAACAUAACAAAAAGCUCAGGAAAAAACAAAACAGCAAGAAUUCCGUCUCUGCUAAGAUUGCCGCUGUUAUCGCCUCCAAGAAGCGCCGCAAGGCCGGAAAACGCCGCAUCUGCGAGGGAAUGUGCUUUAGCUUACCUUCUCUAGAUGAUCCAUUCAAUGAUAGACAAGGGAAACCGGAAUUUAAAAAGAAGGAUCCUAAAAAGAAAACAUCUUCCCAAAAAGAGAAGACAACUCCGGUUAAAGGGAAGAGUGUACCCGGGGAGAAAGGCACCGCAGUUGGUAGGAAUGGCGCAAACAAUAAAAGUGAGAUGGUGGAAGUUUGCUGCGGUGAACAGCAUGAUAAUGAAGUUUCAGACUUCCCUUCCAAAUUUGUUUUUUGGUGUCUGAGUGCAAUUGAAAACGCACUCAGACAUGACGAUGCUUACACGGAUGGAGAGGGAAACUCUUUCUUUCUUAACCCAUGGGGAUUAGAAUUUUCAAAGCAUUUUUCUACUGGUAAAGAUCUGAUUGACACCGGUGGAACCUUUGCUACUACUGAGCAAAUUGCAUGGAUGGUUUCCGCGGCAGCUGAUAUUUUUGUUAGAAAAGAGAAACAAGGCUUAUCAUUAGACACCCCCUUUCUUUUGUUCCUCGUCCCUUCCGAAAAAAAAGCUGGCCAGGUCCGAACAGUUUGCAAGCCUUUGAAAUCUGUAGGAAUACAUACAGUGAGUGUUCAUCCGGGUGCUUCCUUAGAUCAUCAGAUUCAAGGUCUGAAAAGUUGUGAGCCUGAAUUUCUCAUUUCUACUCCUGAGAGGCUCUUGGAGCUUGUUUCAUUGAAGGCAAUUGAUAUUUCUGGCAUCUCUAUGCUGGUUAUUGAUGGGUUCGAUGCUAUUUGUAAAGCUGGCCACGCUGAUGCAAUAAAAUCCAUCAAGAAGUUUAUUUCUGGAAAUCCUAGUCUUGUGGUUUUCAAUGAUAGCUUCAACCAUACAUCUAUCCCAGUGGUUCGGCAUCUUCUGACGGGACCUAUUUGUAGAAUAUCUAUCAAUAAUUCAAUUGCUAGCCUAAGUUCGUGCAUUGUACAGUCUGUUCAAGUGUGUACAUCAGACGAAGAUAAACUUGUUAAGAGCAUUGAAGUCCUGCGUCAAUUUCGGAGCAGCCAGACUCAUAGUUCAAACCUUCUAUAUAUUUUGAGGAAGGAUGUCAAGUGCCAUAAAUUGGUGAAGACUCUCAAAUCCAUGGGUUGUUCCACGUCACUCGAUUCUGAUGCAGCAACUAUAAAUGAUAGUGUGGAUUCAAACAGGAGACUGGUUACAAUGAUUGAUUUGGAGGAUAUCUCUACUUUGGAUAUAGGGAUGUAUGAUGUAAUAGUCCUACCUAGUCUUGUACCCUCUAUGGACACUUACGAGCAUAUUUUGACAAACAUGGCCCGUCAAAGUGUCAAUGGUAUUUUGCAUGGUUUCUUAACAAAAAGCGAUACAGAACAUGCUGGACCACUCAUCUCAAUUCUUGAACAAUGUGGGCAGGAAGUGCCCGAGACCUUGAAAGAUCUUCAUCAGGCAUCAAACAUAUGUCGGAAGAUUGAAAGUUGAAGAUUCGUUAUCAUUGUUUUUCUUGUGUGCAUCCCAUAUUUGCUGCUCUUGUGAGUUGUGAUCAAUUCCAUGUUUGGAACUAGGGUUUGGAUCUUUGAAUGGGAGGAUGAUUUGGUGUGCUAAUUGGAUUUCAGAAACAUUGCAUCCCCAUAAAGACUCCCUUUCAGAAAAUUUUGUAAUACUGUCUUCGUUUAGAAUAUUUCUUGUAGCCGAAUGAAGGACAGUAGAAUUUGGCUACAAAAGUUACGUCAAAUUUUAGCUUUUAAUGCAUUUCUAUUUUCCUUAUGUGACAAGCUGAGCCUUAGCACAUAGGAUCGAAUUUUACUUCUUUUUUUCUGAAUUCUUUUGUACCCGUAUCAAAACGAAGUACUUAACGUGCUAAGAAUAGUUAGAAA